UUUCUUUCUUUCUUUCUUUUUUAAUCCAGCAGCAGCAGCCUGAGAAAUGGAUAACUACUCCACUCUCCAACUGCAGUGUCUGGAAAUGACCACCAAGCGGAAACUGAUUGGACGGCUGGUGCCGUGCCGUUGUUUCCGUGGUGAAGAGGAAGUGAUCUCCGUGUUGGACUACUCUCAUUGCAGUCUACAGCAGGUUCCAAAAGAAAUCUUCAGCUUUGAGAGAACCUUGGAGGAGCUUUACCUAGAUGCCAACCAGAUUGAGGAACUUCCCAAGCAACUCUUCAACUGCCAGGCCUUGAAAAAGCUGAGCAUGCCUGAUAACGACCUGUCCAACCUGCCCACCACCAUCGCCAGCCUGGUUAACCUCAAAGAGUUGGACAUUAGUAAAAAUGGUAUCCAGGAGUUUCCAGACAACAUAAAGUGCUGUAAAGGCCUGUCAGUGGUGGAAGCCAGUGUCAACCCCAUCACCAAACUCCCAGAUGGUUUUACGCAGCUGCUGAAUCUGACCCAGCUCUUCUUAAAUGAUGCCUUCCUGGAGUAUCUGCCAGCUAACUUUGGCAGACUCUCCAAACUACGGAUCCUGGAGCUGAGAGAGAACCACCUGAAGACCAUGCCAAAGUCCAUCCACAGAUUGAACCAGUUGGAGAGGUUGGAUCUGGGUAGCAAUGAAUUUUCUGAACUGCCAGAGGUGUUGGAGCAGAUCCACAACCUGAAGGAGCUGUGGCUGGAUAACAACUCUCUACAGUCUAUACCAGGGUCGAUAGGGAAGCUUCGUCAGUUGCGUUACUUGGAUUUGGCAAAGAAUCGAAUUGAAACGCUGGACACGGAUAUUUCAGGCUGUGAAGCCUUAGAAGACUUGUUGCUGUCCUCCAACAUGUUGCAGCACCUCCCUGACUCUAUAGGAAUGUUGAAGAAACUGACAACAUUGAAGGUGGAUGACAACCAGCUAACCUCACUGCCUAACACCAUUGGGAGUGCGAAGCCCAAACACGGUCUGUCUCUGCUGGAGGAGUUGGAUUGUAGUUGUAAUGAGCUGGAGUCUUUGCCUCCCACCAUUGGCUACCUGCACAGCUUGAGGACCUUUGCUGCAGACGAGAACUUCCUCAUUGAGCUGCCUCGAGAGAUCGGUAAUUGUAAGAAUGUGACAGUGAUGUCACUGCGGUCCAACAAACUGGAGUUCCUUCCUGAUGAAAUCGGGCAGAUGACCAAACUGCGGGUCCUGAACCUAAGUGACAACAGGUUAAAGAAUCUACCUUUCACCUUUACCAAGCUGAAGGACCUGGCAGCUCUCUGGCUCUCUGACAAUCAGUCCAAAGCUCUGAUCCCGCUGCAGACAGAAGCACAUCCUGAAACCAAACAGAAGGUUUUGACCAAUUACAUGUUUCCUCAGCAACCGCGACAUGAUGAAGAUUACCAGUCAGACAGUGACAGCUUUAAUCCUACACUGUGGGAGGAGCAGAGACAGCAGAGGAUGACUGUAGCCUUCGACUUUGAGGACAAAAAAGAAGAAGAAGACAACUCUGGGAAGGUCAAGGUGGAGAUAAACCUAAAGCGCUAUCCGACACCGUACCCGGAGGACCUCAAAAACAUGGUCAAGUCAGUGCAAAGCCUUGUGGGUAAAACUGUACACCCUGGUCAUGGCCACCAACACCAGCUGAGCACAGGAACUGCGACCUCGGCUGGAACCAACAUGGAACACACACAUCUCAACAAAGAACCAUAUGAACCACCAUGGCCACUUCCUCCCAAAGAGGUGACGGACAGAGAGAUGCAGGACUUCUCUCAGAAUCAGCUCAUAGAUCAGGGAUCAAUGCAUAACUCUGGCAUCGAUAUACCGAAAAGGACGGACAAAGAGGAUAUGACAGAGAGCUCUGAGGAUUCUAUGGGUGGUUCCCCCAACGACAUCCGUAUCUCUGAUAUGAGGCCCACACUGGUGGAACCGCCGAUGUACAAACCAAAGGUGGUGCUGUUGGGCAAAGACAAGAAAGAGUCGACCGAUGAAGACGUGGAUAAGCUCCACUGUCUGAACCACAGCGGCUCCUCUGCGACCUAUUCUGACUACUCCCCGUCACAGGGCUCCUCGGGCUCCUCCAACCCUCCUGCCAACGCACACCCACACACGCUCUCGCACACACACCCACACAAUCCCGCCCUGCCGGCCCCCAGUAAAGACCAGGCCCCUCAGACGCACUGGACCAACAGACUGGCUCAGUCCUUCCCCAAACCCAUUGACUCUAAGCCCCUUCUAUCUCAAAGAGAAACCCCUCCAUCAGGAACCCUGCAGCAGCGCGGGGAUCGACGCCCACUCAGUGAGCCUUUCGACUGGGCUGAAGCUCCUCACUAUGACAACACGGGUUUUGAUGCAGAGGAAUCUCCUCUGGACCCCCCAUCAUCAAACGCAAAUGAGGGAAACCCUACGCUUGGCUCCAAACCCCGCAGCCAGUCCACACAUGGGCGCCGUCCCCUCCUCCGACAGGAGCGGAUUGUUGGAGUCCCUUUGGAGCUGGACACUCAGACACUCCCCUUCCAUGGUAACCAGCGUUCUACCCCUGACAAUGACAACCAAGCCUCCGGUUCACAUGCUUCCCAAAAUCCUUGGCAGAACUGGACCCGGACCCCCAGCCCACUUGAAGACAGAACUGCCUUUCCCUCCAAGCUGGACCUGACACCUGCCUCUAGUCCCAACCCUGACCGCAAGGAUAUAGACAGAAGAACGGAACAAGUGGCAGGGCCUUUGCCUGGCAGCUGGACGUACCACAACAACCAGAACGACCAGAAUAGGAAGGAUCAGAGAAAUGUCAGCGGGGGCAACAAGGUAACCGUGGUGAUGAGUAAAAGCUCGGACCGCCUGUCCCCCAUGAUAAAGGAGACGAGAUCCAAGUUCAAGAAGUCACAGAGCAUCGAUGAGAUUGACAUAGGCUCCUACAAGGUCUACAGUAUUCCAGUGGAUAGUUACAGUUCAUCCAUUGAGCAACAAACAAGUUUGGAUCGUCCAGAACUGCCAGGUUCUAUGGAGCAGACAAGCAUGGCUCGUUCUCAGUCUGCCCCCAUGCUGGACGACGAGCUGGGUUUCCCAGGACAUACAAACAGCAACCAGAACCAGUCAGGACAGAACCAAAAACCAGCCAUACCACAGAAGGCCUAUCACUUUGAUCAAAACUACAACCCACAGGUGACCAUCGACCGCCGGGUCCCUCCCCUUCCCAACACACCAGAUUAUGUCAACCACUCAGUGAAAGCCUUGGAGUACAUCAGUCAGCCUGGGAAAACGUUACCCAAGGAGUUAGUGAGCCCUCGAUAUCGUGCUUACCCUCCACUGGAGAUGUUUUCCUUCCCCCAAAUCCCAAUCAACCAAGAUGGUAUGCCCACCCAGUCACAGCAGCCAAUCCCAGCACAGCGUUCCAGACCAGGGUUUUUGAGGAGAGCAGAUUCAUUGGUAAGCUCUACAGAGCUGGCUUUGUUCCGCAGAGUCCAUGAAGCCCAGCAGGAGGCACUGCAAGAAAAUCAUUACAGGCAACAGGUGGACCCUCCUCAUUAUGGUCGGGCUCUUGCCUACAACUCUCCCAUGGAGCAUUCGGCUCUUGCCAAUAUGGCCGACAGCAAUCAGAACCAGUUGAUGCACAACAAAAGAAAUGGCCGCUAUGAUGAUGACUACCCCACCUACCAGGAGCAGAAGAAGCCCAUGAUUGGUUAUCCAACAAAGAGCCUGACUCAACGCCGCCCCCUGUCUGCCAGGAGCUAUAGUACUGAGACAUAUGGAGCGUCUCAGGCCCGUCCAGUGUCCGCUCGUCCCACCAUGGCUGCUUUGCUGGAGAAGAUGCCCCCUGACUACACGCUGGCAACUUGCCCUGAGAAAUCACCAGAUGACACCAUCAAAGUCAGGCCCAUUGUACAGCAGAAACCUGAAGACAUCACCUCCAAGAUGCCUGCGGACUGGAGGCAGCAGCUGCUCCGGCACAUAGAGGCCAAACGGCUGGACAGGAGUGGUGUCCUAAAGCACAACACGCUUACGCUGGGCAUGCUCUGUCAGGGUCACAGCCAGGGGCGCAGCAGCACUUUGAACUUUAACCUAUACAAUAACACUAAGCAUGAGCCCCCUACUGGCCGCUGGCUGCCACUACCUCCUCCUCCAUCUGCUAAUGCUACCCCUUCUCAGCAGGCUGCCAUGCUGGAUAAUGACCAGGAGGUGGGGUCAGGGAGCAGUCAGUGGGCUCCUUACUCACUUGGGAGGAGGGACGUCCCACCUGACAACCUCAUUAAAAAGAGUGGUCAUCCCCAUAACCCUUCCCACCAGUCGCACAACACCAUGAUCGUCACUUCCACUUCCUCUUCUUCAUCCGGUAACCCCCAUCGUGUUGUUGGACAGCAGGGCUAUGAAACCGCCAUGAUGAAUAAGGGGGGCCAAUACCAGACUGGGAUGGCCCUGUCUGUUGUUCCCUCUGGAGGAGGUGGGCAGUACCAAGGUUCCAUGCCUCAAGCCCUGCCCGUUUCUAGCCAGGCAUACCCCAGUGCCGGCCUGCCGAUGGCCAUCUCCCCAUCUGGGAACCAGUCCCAGUACAACCUGCACACCACCCACACAUCCCAUCAACCCUCCCUCCCUGCCACCAACCCUCAGUAUCACGGCAAUCAGGGCAUGAGCCAUAGCAACCAGGUUGCCAUGACCACGCACACCAACCCGCGGCCUCAGAGUGCUCGCUGCCUCUUGCAGACAAAAGGCCAGAAGAGCACGGAUGGUUUCCAGGAACAGUUGUGUGUGAGAAUAGAGAAGAGUCCCGGUCUGGGUUUCAGUAUCUCUGGUGGCAUCAGCGGCCAAGGGAACCCCUUCAAACCCUCCGACAUGGGUAUCUUUGUUACUAGGGUACAGCAUGACGGCCCAGCCGCCUUGGCCCUGCAGCCUGGAGACAAGAUAAUGCAGGCUAACGGACAUAGUUUUUUACACAUGGAGCACGACACAGCCGUCUCUCUACUGAAGAGUUUCCAGCGGACGGUGGACUUGGUGGUUUUGAGAGACAGCAGCACGCAUUAAAAAUAGUUUUAUAUUUAAAAAAGAAAGAGGAAAAAAAAUUUUUUUUAAAUGCUUCUCUGCUCAUCGCCAUCCCACGCCACACCAUGUGCCCUCUGCUGGAGGCUUGUGGAACUGACAACAAGACAUUUUUUUAAACCUUUUUAGGGGAACACAGACAUUAUUUGCCUAUUGCUGGACCAAAGGCAAAUACUAGUGCCAAAUGUACCAUAGGAAACAUAUCUGCUCUUGUGUUGGCCAGUGGUCGGAGUGCUGAUGGGCGACAGAAGGACUUCACACGUCGGGUCGCUGCACGGGGUUUGCAGUUUGAAUUUUGUAAUCUGUUUGUUAAUCAGGC